GAAAUCGGAUAAGCCGCUGAAAUCCGUCGCAGUUAGUCUGUCGGAAAACUCCGUGCAAAGAGAAAAAAAAAGGAGUGUCAUCAUUGUUGAUACCAGGAUUCCGUCUCCGAGCCACGUUUUUUGGAGCAUUAUCCUAUUGAUCCCCACUGACUUGGCAUGACGAGCUGCUCCGCAGAAAUUGUGUUUCUGAUUGGGGUAAGGGUCUGGGCCCUCCUCCCUCGUGUCGGGAAAUGCAAUCUCCUUCUAUUCGACACAAAAUUUAGGUUUAUACGGAGAAUACUCUGUCAAGCAUGCAAUCGUAACGGUUGCAGGACCGACGAGGACAAGGAGGGAAGGAGGACAAACAGGACAAUGGCGACAUUGAUGGAGCUUGGUGAGUACAAAUAGACAACUGCAGCCUAGUGUCGUAUUCUACACAUGAACAAAUCACCGGGGAUAGCUUUGUCGUGGACUGCUCGAGAAUGCGCAAAACGCCUGGGCAAACAGCUCUCCGGCAGAUGCACGAUCCUCGGAGUAGAUAAGUUGCGUCAUAUGCCGACUUCCGAUGGGAUGUGUGACUAUGUUUUUUUUGGUAUCGGUCGUGAUCUCUUCCUGAAUGAGCAUCGGGAUUAAGCGUCGCCACAUCUGCUGGCUGCAGCUGUUCGGACUAUCAAGUUCCGUAGAGUAUGAUAUAACAUCAAAACAUGAAACUGCGUGAAUUAGCUGUUUUAUUCAUGAUGGUUUUCUAGAGAUAAGCGGUGGUUGUUUGAUUGGCUGCAAAGUAAUGUGAAGUAGUGCAGGAAAUUAGUAAAAAUCUCACCUCUUGGCUGUAGCCAUGGUGGAUUGGCGAGGAGGACGUGCUAAUGCUGCGAUCCUUUCCGAUGGCACUCCUUUCUUUUGAAUCCAUCGAUUGCCCUCUUAGUAGCUCUUAUUGGUCGUAGCGCAGAAGCUGCAGGUGUUCUCGCUUGCAACGGGCAGUACAUGCUAUGCUGGGUUUUGCACUCGGAGUGCAUGCCCCAGAGUUCUCGAGAGGUAUGUGCACUGGAAUGCGAUACACUGGAGUUAGUUUGAGGUUACGUGGGUGAAAUAAGCAAAAUGGCGUUGAACGCUCAACGCAAGCAGAAGAAGAAAGAAGUGGGCGAGGGCAUUCUGCGACAGCUUGUGCGCAUCAGACAUGAUGCUGUUACAAUGCCUGCUUUUGCUGAUGAGCUACAAUCCCAUUUCGACUGCCUUCCCACGAGAUAUGCUUUAUAUGUGCACGUUGACAGGGCGGAGGAUGUUCUCAUCCAUAAGCGGCUCCUUGAAGAUGCUAAGGUUUCCGAAAAUAGAGCGGCGUUCCAUGUUCGUGCAGUUCAUACGGUCAGUUCCAAUCCCUCGAGUAUAACAAAUCCCCAGGAUGAACCUGUUGGCGACUCUCCCAUCUGUAAACUAGACAGACCACAACUCCCUGCUCUUAGUCCAUUAUCUCACCAGGAGGAAUUGGUCCAAGAAUCUAAAGACAAUCAUGAUGUAAGCCAACAUUCUCGAAGUUCAACUCGUAUGGCAAACGUGCCGAUUCAUGAAGUCACUAUCUCAUGCGUCGACAGACCUAAGCUUCUCAGUCAGUUGUCAGCACUGCUUGCAGAUGUUGGACUCAACAUUCGUGAAGCACACGUCUUCUCAACCACAGAUGGUUUCUCUCUCGAUGUUUUCAUAGUGGAUGGCUGGUCGACAAGGGAUAUAGAAGACUUGAAGCGGGCCCUACUACCAGCUCUAACUUCAAGUGCAGAGACUGUAACGUCGGCUAGAGCAAAACCAACCCUUGAGCAUCUGUCUCUUCGUGAACUUCCCAGCACUGGACGGACUCCAGAAGGUGUUGUGUCAUCCAGUGGCGUAGAUGAUUGGGAAAUCGACAGUAGCCAGCUGAAGUUCGUUCGAAAGGUGACUUCUGGCUCCUCUGGAGAUCUAUAUCAAGGUAGUUACUGUGGACAAGCUGUGGCCAUCAAAGUUCUCAAAUCAGAGAGAAUGAACGACAACCUGAGGGUUGAAUUUCAACACGAAGUGUUUAUUAUGCGGAAAAUAAGACAUAAGAACAUUGUGCAGUUCAUUGGCGCUUGCACAAAGCCCCCAAAUUUAUGCAUUGUCACAGAGUACAUGUCCGGUGGGAGCGUUUCUGAUUAUUUGCAUCAGCAAAAGUCAGUUCUGAAGAUGCCAAUGUUACUGCGAGUGGCCAUUGAUGUCUCUAAGGGAAUGGACUACCUCCAUCAAAAUAAAAUUAUACAUCGUGAUCUGAAGGCCGCAAAUCUGCUCAUGGACGAGAAUGAGGUGGUCAAGGUGGCCGAUUUCGGUGUGGCGAGAGUGCAAGCUCAGUCAGGCAUCAUGACAGCUGAGACAGGCACAUACCGACGGAUGGCUCCUGAGAUUAUAGAGCACAAGCCAUACGAUUGCAAGGCAGAUGUUUUCAGCUUUGGUGUGGUACUAUGGGAGCUUAUAACUGGACAGGUUCCUUAUACAUACCUCACUCCUCUUCAAGCUGCAGUUGGCGUUGUUCAAAAGGGUUUGAGGCCGACCAUUCCCGAGAACAUCCAUCCAAAAUUCAACGAGUUACUCCAACGUUGCUGGAAAGCAGACCCAACAGAACGACCCGGUUUUUCGGAAAUAACUGUUUUGCUCGAGGAGAUUUUGGAACAGGUGAACCAAGAAGCAGAAGCUGUAAGCAAGAGACGGAAGGAUAAUAAGCUGGCAGGACCACUUACUGCAAGCAAGCACUUACCACUGCACUAAGUGACGGUUUUCCUUCAGUUUCACUUGCAUUGCAUUGUCAAUUGUUGCAAUAACCAAGCUUCAUAACAUGGGUCCAUUCAAAGUAAUCUGGUAGCUUCAACCUUUGUACAAAGUAGGCUGUUAGUGGCCACUUGCAACUUGUACAUGAACAAUAAAUACUUCCUUGUGUUUGCAUGUGGUCGAUUCCUUUUUGAACCUUUAGAAGUGCCAUUACACAUGCUAACAAAGCUUAAUGGAAGUAGGCCAAGAAGGACCAAAGCAUGGCACGUUGUAUAUGAGUAAACAAAAUAAUAUCCAAGAGGUUGACAA